UGUGGAGGGGAGGCUCGGAUGCUUCCCUCCCAGCCAGGCCCUGGAGUUCCUCCGAGCAUGGGGCCUCUUGCCCAAGAAGCAGAUACGCGGGAUCCCCUUUUGGGGGUCUCCGAAACGCGAACGCUUCAGGCUUCGGGGAGCCCUGAUCUCGACACGACCCCGACAGAAGACGAGCGGCGACAGCGACGUUUCGUAAUCAAAGGUGGGGUUUUUCUUGCUUCCAUCGCUACCGCAGGAAUGCUAGCAGGUUUUGGUAUGACACUUGCUGUUACAAAAAAGAAAAGUCCCAAUUGGUUCAAUAAGGGUGUAAUUUCCACAGCAUCUUUACCAGAAAGUGGCUCUUCCCUUGCCUUACGAGCCCUUGGAUGGGGUUCACUCUAUGCCUGGAGUGGAGUUGCAUUGAUCAGCUUUGCUAUCUGGAAGGCUUUGGGUGUUCACAGUAUGAAUGAAUUUCGGAACAAAAUGCAAUCAUUAUUUCCAUCAGUUCGAAAAACUGCAGUAAAUUCUGUUGAAUGGGAAGAUAUUUGGAAAUCUAAAUGAAUGACAUAUGAAGGAAUUUGUACUAAGCCUUACAAAACUAUAGAGGAAUUAAAAUAUUCCUAUUCAUAAUGGCAUGCAGUUAGUAGUAUCAACAUAUGCCCCCUUAAUGUUCCAGGCAAAAGUAUACUUUACUCUUAGUAGUUUUCACUUUAGUGAUGAUAAGUGCAGAAAAAGAUUAAACCGAACACAAAGCUUGGUUUGAAAAAGCAUGCUCAAUAUGUGGUAAUGAAACAAAGACAUUAACCCUAAAAAAGAGAUGAAUUGUUGACCAAGUUAAUGGGUAAUAGUAUCCAUACUCUGUUCCCUCUACCAAAGUGAUUCAUAGUGGUUUUUAAAAGACAAUAUAAGCCACUAAAGAAGACCGAACAAUGUUUGUAAAAAAUUAUACAAAUAAAGUGAUGGUCACUAAAUCUUAUUCUUUGUUCACUGGAUUAGCAUGAGCCUUCAAGAACCAGGACGAUAAAGAUAUUCAGUGCAAAGAGAAACACAACAUAUGAUGGGUCUACAUGGCAGUCUAUUUCUGACUCCAAAGAAGGAAAUUGCUGGGCCUUUGCAGAUCUCAGAUUUGUUACCCAAACUAUGAUGUAAUCCAAAGAGAACAGAAGUUUGCUCUUCUGAGCAAACAGUCUCUUGGAUUGCAGUAAUAUUCCAAUCAGAGACAAACAGUCCUGAGCAUUGGAUAGUUGUCCUAAAAGCGAGUUUGGAAAUGGAGAAAAGGAACCCACUUGCUUUUCAGAUUUUGGUGUACGAAACAACUCUAAACUAGUAUCAUGUGGGAAUAGCCAUGGCUAGUUAGGAAGGAAUUGGCAAACAUGGAUUUGGUGAUAUUCUUGGCUGUACCUUACACGAGAGUUUAGUAGUUGAAGCUGAGCCAUUUCAGGGUAUUAAUAUAAUAAAACUCUGGCGAGAUCUUUAGAUGUAUCAGACACUCGAGUAUCUUUUGAAUCAGAGGAUUAACAGGCUGCUGGUGUUGAAUAUAUUUUUUAAAAAAUUAUAAAACAGUAUUUAAACCCAUCAUAGAGGGAAGUGGACAGGAUAAUCUGAUCUGGGGAGAAUCUUGUCUGGAGAAGAAGGUGAAAAUUGUUCUGAUUGUUCCAAAUAUAAAUCUAGAUAGUAAGUACAAUUUUUUAAAAAAAUGGGUAAAGAAAAAAACAAAGAAAACCCUUCAAGGACUCUCAGACAGAAUGGAAUUUUUGUGUUUAAAUCUGGAGAAGAACAUGGAUAAACAAACAUUACUGACAAUCAACAGACAAAAAAAAUAUACAGCUUUAUUAUGAUAAAAAUGUAGGAAAGAGAGAAGAGAAUGUUACUAAAAGAGUGUCAUCUUACAUGCUGAAGAAGACAUGUUCUUACAUAAACUUGCAUAAUGCAGGUUCAUGGCAUAGCAAAGCAAAGGAGUUCUACUUGGUCAAAGCUUGUGCCUUAGAACAGUUGAUAAGGAGCCUCACAGUGACAGAGAUAGCUGUUCACUAACUUAUCUUUAGAAUCCUCAGAGACAUUCCUUGCAUAUCACUGCUGGGACCAGCAUUGAAGAGGAAUUUGUUGCUCUCCACAUUUGUGCUUUUUGCAGUUGGCCUGAUCCAGCUGGGUUUUGCUUUUGUUCUUACUAGCAUAUACAAUUGGUCUUCUUAUAAAUGUCAGACCAAACAG